CUCUCUCUCUCUCGUGUUAAUUCCAUCAGUUUCUUGAGUUCAGAGUCAACUUCCUGUUUUUUCUUUUGUUGGGGUCUUACUUCGGAUAGCUACUAAAUUUGUACAGUCCCCAAGUUCUCGCCUUGGAGUUCCUUCUUUCAUUCAUGGGGUAAUAUAAUGUUGCCAACUCCAUUUACUGGUUUCUUUGUAUCUGAGUCGACUGGUCUGAAUCUCCUUGUCGAAGAUCUUUCAGUUUCUGCGAUUUUGCUAGGGUUUUGCCUUAGGUGGGUAUGAAAGAGCACCGGCUAAAUCAGUAGUUUCAAGCCGAACUUGGUAGGAUUGAGUUCUGGGAUACUCUCUGUAAAUCACUUCUGUUUUUUCAAGUAAGCUUUGAUGCAUUGGUCAACAUGGAAGCCCCUAGCUCACUGUGCUGCUCUGUUCUUUGACAAAAAGAGCAGGAGCAGAGAUGGGUCUAGUAGGCCGCCCGUCGAAAACAAGAAGCACGCCUCGGCUCUGCAAGAGAAGAAGCUUAGGGAGGUUAUUCAGGAGGCAUCUGAAGAUGGGUCACUGUUUAAAUCUCUCGAAAUUGAGUUCAGCUCCCUUUCCUUGGAUGAGACUGGUGUGGAGAGAUCAAGGACCCUUGCGCGUCUUGAAUGCCAGGGCUUGUUCCUCCGGGCCACGGCUCAAGCUGCUGAGACUACCUAUGAAUCUGAUGAUGCUGUUCCCGAUAUCAAUGAAGCUCUCUCUAAGUUUCACAGCAUGUAUCCUCCAUAUCAAUCUUCUCAGAAGAUUGAUCAGUUGAGGAUGAAUGAGUACUCACACUUACAACCAAAGGUAUGCCUUGAUUUCUGUGGAUUUGGGCUGUUUUCAUAUCUUCAGAGUGUUCAUUAUUGGGAUUCCUCGACGUUUAGCUUGUCCGAGAUAACUGCAAAUUUGAAUAACCAUGCUCUGUAUGGUGGCGCUGAGAAGGGUACUGUUGAGCAUGAUAUAAAAACCAGGAUUAUGGAUUAUCUGAACAUCCCUGAGAAUGAGUAUGGCCUUGUUUUCACUGUGAGUAGAGGAUCUGCUUUCAAAUUGUUGGCUGACUCAUACCCUUUCCAGACAAAUAGGAGGUUGUUGACUAUGUUUGAUCAUGAGAGCCAGUCUGUCAAUUGGAUGGCUCAGAGUGCGAGGGAGAAGGGUGCGAAAGUCUAUAGUGCGUGGUUUAAAUGGCCAACCCUUCAACCUUGUUCAGCUGAUUUGAGAAAGCAAAUAUCGAGCAAAAGGAAGAGGAAGAAGGGUUCUGCAGCAGGUUUAUUUGUGUUUCCUGUUCAGUCCAGAGUCUCUGGGGCGAAAUAUUCGUACCAAUGGAUGGCACUCGCACAUCAGAACAGUUGGCACGUCUUGCUUGAUGCUGGGUCACUCGGUCCCAAGGACAUGGACUCACUCGGGCUGUCUCUAUUCCGUCCAGAUUUUAUUGUCACUUCGUUUUACAGGGUCUUUGGGUAUGAUCCAAGUGGCUUCGGAUGCCUUCUGAUAAAAAAAUCUGUUAUAGGAUGCCUUCAAAGUCAUUCUGGCUCUACAGGGUCUGGAAUGGUGAAAUUAACCCCGGAAUUCCCAUUGUAUCUCGGUGAUUCAAUGGAUGGCCUGGAUGGACUAGCUGGGGCUGAUGAUGAAGUGGCUGAGAAUGGUGAUAGUUCCUCUGAGGCUCGCCCACCACAGCAGUUGCCUGCCUUUUCUGGACUUUACACGUCUGCUCAGGUUAAGGAUGUCUUUGAGACUGAGAUGAAUCAUGACAAUAGUUCGUACAUAGAUGGAGCAAGCACUUAUAUUGAAGAAAGUUGUAGUAUAUCAAUCGGGGAUAUGAUGAAGAGUCCUGUUUUCAGUGAAAAUGGGUCGUCGGACUACUCUUAUUGGAUUGAUUUGGGUCAAAGUCCCUUGGGGUAUGAUAAUCCAGGCCAGCUGAAUAAAGAGAGAAUGGCAUCUCCCUUACCACCUUCUUGGUUCACCGCAAGGAAGAAUCAGAAACAACUCUUUCCAAAACAGUCAUCAAAAAUAUAUGGCAGCCCUAUAUAUGACCACAAGGAGGUGAGCCCUACGCCUCACGAAGAAUAUAGUGCACUAUCAUUUGAUGCUGCUGUUAAAUCAGCUUCUCAGGAUGGACAUCGUCUGGAAGAUAUCGACAACGGAGGACUUGCUGGAAAUACGAACAUUUCAGACAGUAGAGUGGUUUCAGAUGAUCGAUAUGUUGGUGAGAUUGAGGAAGAGCCUCAUGUUAGUAAGCAAUCAAAAUAUGCUGUGCCUGGAUCUUAUUUAAGCAGUAACUGUAACGUGGAGAAUGGUUCAGUCUCUGCAAAUUGUGCGCAGAAUGAGAGUGCUAUAAGAAGAGAAACUGAAGGGGACUUCAGGUUGUUGAGGAGCAGGAACGGGAACAGAUACAGUGGCGGUAGGUUUUUCGGUGUCGAGGAGAGCGAUCACCCAAGUAGCGGAGGAAGGGUGUCCUUCACCAUGGAAGAAAAUCAUGCGGAGCAGACAAGCCGUACCCAAGAACCCAGUGCAGUGUCUGCUAUGACCCUAGAUGAUGAAGAUUAUGGCACCGAUGGUGAAUACGGUGAUGUACCAGAUGAAUUCAGGGGCGAGCCCGAGAUAGUAUGCCGCCAUCUCGAUCAUAUAAAUGAGUUGGGUCUCAACAAAACCUCCAGUAGACUGCGGUUCUUGAUUAAUUGGCUGGUCACCUCUUUGUUGCAACUAAGGUUGCCAAGUUCAGACGGGAAUGUGCCACUUGUCCAUAUAUAUGGCCCGAAAGUUAAGUACGAAAGAGGUGGUGCUGUUGCAUUCAAUGUGAGAAAUAGUUCUAAGGGGAUUGUUGAGCCAGAAGUCGUACAAAAACUUGCUGAGAAAGAAGGUAUCUCUCUUGGCAUUGGCAUCUUAAGUCAUAUACGUGUCGUUGAUGGCUCAAGGCAGCUAAACAUAGAGGACAGCAGCUUGUCGAGGCAAAUGGAAGUUGGUAAAAGUGGUGGAAAGAAUGGUUUCAUGCGCAUUGAGGUUGUCACAGCCUCUCUCGGUUUCCUGACCAACUUUGAAGAUGUUUACAAGUUAUGGGCAUUUGUGGCAAGGUUCCUUAACCCCGCAUUUGCCCGGCAGGGCGAGCUCCCCACCGUCGUUGAAGGUUUGGAGACAUGAGUGCUUAAAUGAGGACUGAUUCUUCUAGUCUUAUACAAGCGGGAACACGCAAUUCUUCUAGGAUGGAAAUACACUUGGGGAGUGAGAACUGAGGCUUGCAAGUCGAAGAUCUUAAAAAGCCAGAGAAGAGGGAACUUUCUCAUACCCUGUGAGGUGGAUUCUUUUGCCUUUUGCCAAGACCCUGACAAAGUGAUGGAUUUGUUUGAUUCUUGUGUUCACUGCGUUUUGAGAUUUUUUUCCCUUCUCACUUUUUUGGGUUCUUGUAGAGUUAGCCUUGGAAAAUUGUAUCCUUUGGCAAAACCUCCACCUUACUAUCUUUUGCUUUAUACGGUGAUUAGUUCACGCUA